AUUACUAGCCUUUGGAAAGGUUGCAUCACUACACGUGAAGUUGGGGUAUCCGCGUCUCUUCGUAACUUUUUCAUAAAUUUGAACGAUAAAACGUGAAAAUUAAAAUGCUGACCGUUGCAAGGUUGUUAACGCGUAGCUGCACCAAUAUAACUUGCGAUAUUACUAGGAAACAACAAUUCAGCACAAUUCUUAAAAAUGUUGCAGCUCCUUCACUUGUUAUGCCCCAACGAUUUACAGAAUUACAUCAAUAUAGACACAAGUCUGAAGGUGUAAAAGGUGCAGUUAUUGGUAUUGAUCUUGGAACAACAUUUUCAUGUGUAGCUGUUAUGGAAGGAAAGCAAGCUAAGGUCAUAGAAAAUGCAGAAGGAUCACGAACAACUCCAUCUUUUGUAGCAUUUACUAAAGAGGGUGAACGCUUAGUUGGUAUGCCUGCUAAACGUCAGGCAGUUACAAAUUCAGCAAACACAUUCUAUGCAACAAAACGACUAAUUGGACGAAGAUACGAGGAUUCUGAAGUAAAAAAGGAUAUGAAAACUGUUUCAUAUAAAAUUGUCCGAGCGUCUAAUGGAGAUGCAUGGGUACAAGGAGCUGAUGGUAAAAUGUAUUCUCCUAGUCAAAUUGGUGCAUUUGUCCUCGUGAAGAUGAAGGAAACAGCAGAAGCAUAUUUAAAUACGCCAGUAAAAAAUGCUGUAAUCACUGUACCUGCAUAUUUCAAUGAUUCACAAAGGCAGGCUACCAAAGAUGCUGGUCAAAUUUCGGGACUUAAUGUACUUAGAGUAAUUAAUGAACCAACAGCUGCUGCUCUUGCAUAUGGCAUGGACAAAACAGAAGAUAAAAUCAUUGCUGUAUACGAUUUGGGAGGUGGUACCUUUGAUGUCUCAAUUUUGGAAAUUCAGAAAGGAGUCUUUGAAGUAAAGUCCACAAAUGGAGAUACUUUCUUAGGAGGAGAAGACUUUGAUAAUGCAUUGGUUAAUUAUCUUGCAUCAGAAUUUAGAAAAGAUCAAGGUAUAGAUGUAGCUAAGGAUGCAAUGGCUAUGCAACGAUUGAAAGAAGCAGCUGAAAAGGCAAAGAUUGAAUUGUCUAGUUCUUUGCAAACUGACAUAAAUUUGCCUUAUUUGACUAUGGAUACAAGCGGACCAAGACAUUUAAACCUGAAGCUUUCGAGAAGCAAAUUUGAAAGCCUUGUUACCGAUUUAAUUAAACGUACUAUUCAGCCAUGUCAGAAGGCACUUAAUGAUGCUGAAGUAUCGAAAUCUGAUAUUGGUGAAGUAUUAUUGGUUGGUGGUAUGACAAGAGUACCUAAAGUACAACAAACUGUACAAGAAAUUUUUGGCCGACAACCAUCAAAAGCUGUUAAUCCUGAUGAAGCUGUAGCAGUUGGUGCUGCAGUCCAAGGUGGUGUACUUGCUGGAGAUGUAACAGAUGUUCUUCUUUUGGAUGUUACUCCUUUAUCACUUGGUAUUGAAACAUUAGGUGGUGUCUUCACACGAUUAAUUUCUCGAAACACAACUAUUCCUACCAAGAAAAGUCAAGUAUUCUCUACAGCAGCUGAUGGUCAAACUCAAGUAGAAAUUAAAGUACACCAAGGCGAACGAGAAAUGGCAUCUGACAAUAAACUUUUGGGACAAUUUACUCUUGUUGGAAUUCCGCCUGCACCAAGAGGGGUGCCACAAAUCGAAGUUACAUUUGACAUUGAUGCCAAUGGUAUUGUUCAUGUAUCUGCUAGGGAUAAGGGAACUGGCAAAGAACAACAAAUUGUUAUUCAAUCAAGUGGUGGUCUUAGUAAAGAUGAAAUUGAAAAUAUGGUUAAAAAUGCCGAACAGUAUGCUAAACAAGAUCAGGUAAAGAAAGAAAGAGUUGAAGCUGUGAAUCAAGCUGAAGGAAUCAUUCAUGAUACGGAAUCUAAAUUGGAAGAAUUUAAAGCACAGUUACCUCAGGAUGAGUGUGACAAACUCAGAGAAUUGGUUACAAAAGUGCGAGAAACCUUGGGUAAAAAAGAUGAUAUAGAACCAGAAGAAAUUAAAAGACAGAUAAAUGAAUUACAGCAAGCUAGUCUUAAAGUGUUCGAGAUGGCAUAUAAAAAAAUGGCUGCGGAAAGAGAAAGUCAAGGUCAAAACCAAAGUCAAAAUCAGCAACAACAACAAGAUGGACCUGAAAAGAAAGAAGAGAAAAAUUAAUUAUACUUAGACAACAUAUAUUCAGACAAAAAUUAAUUGUGCACACAGAGCUGUAGGACAUCAAUCAUUUUAUGUGCUCAAGAAAACUGCAUCGCUGUAUCAUAUACAACAAAAUUGUAACAAAAAUUA